AAACAAUGUCAUUGAAAGUAUGAGCCCGUGCAAAUCCAACAUCACCUAAAAAGCAGAAAUAUGCCGAAGAAAAAAGCAAACAAGGGCAAAGGGAAAGGAAAAGGUAAGAAAGACGGGAAGCAUGAGUCUAAAGCCGACAAGGAGUCAGAGAUCGAAAAGUUCAAAUCAAACGCUUCGUUAUGGGAGGCCAAGUUCAAUAUCACGGAAAUUUCGCGUGUGGAGUAUCGCGAAGCUGCUCGCGCCCUCGCCAAAGGCAACGAAGAGCUCGCGAACCAGCAGUACAGAAAUGAGAACGACACGGACGAUAUCAUUGAGUUUCUGAAGAGAACAGAUCGAGAAAAAACAGCAAAGAUUGCAGCAUUAGAAGAGCAAUUGCAAAAAGAGAAAGAAAAAGACUCGUAUGAGAAGGAUCUCUUGAUGGCUGAAUAUAUGCAGAAGAUGGAUGCUUUAGAAGAAAAGUUUCAGCAGCGGUCAAUGGACUUCCAGAGGGUUCACAGAGAGCUCAAAACCAUCAAGCAUUUCCGCAAAAUAAAGGCCAAUAUGGAAGAAGAACUGAUAAGUCUGAGAGAAAGAAUGUAUGUGGCUUACAAUAAACACAACGACAGUCAGAUGAGAUCUCAGUACAAGUUCCAUACUGCACGGAUACACCUUGAGAAGGAAGCAGAGCAAAAGAUCAAUCAGCUGGCAGAUCGUGCACAUCAUGAGGCCGUUGUGCAGCUUGAUGCAGUAUCACAUACUGUUUUCACGGAGAAUGUGCGAUUGAACGAGGCACUGAGUUACCAUGUAAAAGAGGCUGAAGAACUGAAAAAGAGAAAUAUAGCUUUAACAGACAGGAACGCCUCCCUUGCCUUACAGAAGGAGACAACUGAACUGAUGAGAAAGAAAGCUGAUUCCCAGGUCAGAGCCCAACAAAAUGAGAUCUCCGAGCUCCAGGCUAAAUUGGACACACUUGAGCAAGCUCUUGGCAUUAUGGCAGGAGAGUUUGAGCAGGAGAAGAAAGAAGUACAACAGCCUGCUAUGGUCAGUAUGCAGGGAGAUAUCACACACCUUAAAAGGCUGGAAAUGCUUCUAGCCGCUCGUGAGAAGGAGCUGGACCAAGUGAAACGUCUAGCAAAGAGCAUCCUUGAGCAGCGCAAAGAGCUCGAGCUCUUCUUUCAUGAAGCUCUUGACCACGUGAGGACUGAAAUUAGAACCCAACAACAACAUUACAGACAAGAGGCUUUGAAGGCGUAUCGCUGGAGGAUGAGUGAAGCUCGAUCUGGAAGGUCUGAAUAUCCUCGCAUACGGACCUUCACCAAUGUUCCACACAGCACCAAUGAUGUUCACACUGACCUAGAAGAGGCGGAGAAAUGGAGUAAUUUGAAGAGUAACGGUGUGGACAUUUCUGAUCUGACCUGGGAGCAGAAAGAGAAACUGCUCAAGCUGCUCUAUGCUAAAUUAAAUGGGCAAAAAAUACGGAAACCAGCUCAGCCCCCAGCUCUACCAACUUCCUUAUCUGAGAGAAUCCAGGAUAACAGUGAUGCAGGGUGAGGCCGCACACCACGAGCUAUCCUUAUUUUCUAGAGUUUACAGAGGACAAGUAUAGUCGGAGCUUUAUAACACAGAUCCAAAUGCCCAAUAGGACAUCUGACCGCUGUUUCUUACCAGCAAUUUAAAGGACUGUACAACCUUUCAUACAGUAUUAUAUUCAGAUAUUUCAUUUGAAACAUAUAAGAAUUAUGAAAUGAGGUUUGAGAAAAAAUGAAUAAUAUUAUAACCAUUGUGGUCUGUUGCAAACUUCCUAAAAAGACAAGGAAUAUAGCACAGCUAGAUUUAGGGUUACUUGCAUUUAAAUAAAAUAUUAUUUGAGAGUGGAGUCUGUAUUUUGAUGAUGUUGUAUCUUCUUUGUUUACAGAUUUUCUAUUAUGUAAGAAUAGGAGGGCAAAUGUGAACCCGGACAACAAAACCAGUCUUAAGUAGCACGGGACAUUUUUAGUAAUGGCAAAAAAUACAGGGUAUGGGUAAAAAUGACAGAUUUUUCUUUUGUGCCAAACAUCAUUAGGAUAUAAAGAUCACGUUCCAUGAAGAUAUUUUAUACAUUUUCUACCGCAAAUGUAUAAAAACUGUAUUUUUGUGAGUGGA